CCCUGAGGCCCCAGUACUCACAAACCCCUGCUGACUCCCCUCAGCUCUACAGUUGACCACUAACAGCUCCAAGCCGACUCUCCAGCCCCGUGUGCUGCCGACCGCGAGCCGCUGAGAGUUGGCCGGGCUGCCCCCUGGGGCCAGGGAGCGCAGGGAGCCGCGGAAGAUAAACAAGCGGGCGCCGAGGGGAACCCCGGGAGGGGCCGGCUGCUGGCAGCGCUCCCGCCGUGCCUGGGUCGCCUCGCGGCGGACAGACGGGGCGAGCCGGCGCCGACUGAAGGCGGCAGAAGGCAUCCGCGUCCCGGGGAGCCCGCGCCCCGGCAGCUCGCACGCGGGGCUUCCCAGCAACAAGGGGCGGAGAGCGGCGCCACAGGGGCUGGUGAGCCGGAUCCCGGACCCCGGACCCAGGGAGCGAGACAACUAGCUGAGGGCGCCCGGGGAGCGCAGAGACAGAGGAACCCAUGCCCGCGGCCAACAUGAUGGAGAACCUGCAGCCGCCGGCCCUGCAGGUGCCUGAGCUGCAGGGCGCGCCCGACGGCGGCCCGGUCUGGUCCAGCUCGUCCACCCCCACGCUUCGCCGCCGGCGCUUCAAGAUGCGGCGCAUGAAGAACGUGCAGGAGCAGAGCCUGGAGACCGGGCUGGCCCCCGGCAAGGAGUUCCUGCAGCUACCGUCCAUCGAGAUCACGCCCUCCAGCGACGAGGACACCCCUUGGUCCAACUGCUCCACGCCCAGCGCUUCCCCGCGCCGCAAGCGCUUCCUCCUCCGCAAGUGGCUGAGGGUGAGGGAGCGGAAGGAGUGCAGUGAAAGCAGCCAGCAGAGCAGCUUGCAGAGCAGCCGCGAGGAUGAUUCCAGCAGGUUCCUGAGCCCUCGAGCACGGGAAGAAAGCACUGCCAGUAACUCAAACCGCAGCACGCCCGCCUGCUCCCCCAUCCUCCGGAAGCGGUCCCGCUCACCCACCCCGCAGAACCCCGACGGAGACACCAUGGUGGAGAAGGGCUCCGACCACUCCUCGGACAAGUCCCCAUCCACCCCGGAGCAGGGUGUGCAGCGCAGCUGCUCCUCACAGUCGGGCCGGAGUGGGGGCAAAAACUCCAAGUCUCACAAGCGCCUCUCAAAAAAAAGCCAGAGUUGGUACAAUGUGCUAAGUCCCACUUACAAGCAGAGAAAUGAAGACUUCAGAAAGCUCUUUAAGCAACUUCCAGAUACGGAGCGCCUCAUUGUUGAUUACUCAUGUGCACUCCAAAGAGACAUUCUCCUUCAGGGCCGCCUCUACCUCUCUGAGAACUGGAUUUGCUUCUACAGCAACAUCUUCCGCUGGGAGACGCUGCUGACCGUCCGCUUGAAAGACAUCUGCUCCAUGACAAAAGAGAAGACAGCUCGCCUCAUCCCCAAUGCCAUUCAAGUUUGCACUGACUCAGAAAAGCACUUUUUCACAUCCUUCGGGGCACGAGAUCGGACAUACAUGAUGAUGUUCCGGCUUUGGCAGAACGCUCUUCUGGAGAAGCCCCUGUGCCCCAAGGAGCUCUGGCACUUCGUCCACCAGUGCUAUGGGAACGAGUUGGGCCUGACCAGUGAUGAUGAGGACUACGUGCCUCCAGAUGAUGACUUCAACACGAUGGGCUACUGUGAGGAGAUCCCUGUAGAAGAGAAUGAAGUGAAUGACAGCUCAUCCAAAAGCAGCAUUGAGACUAAGCCAGAUGCCAGCCCCCAGUUGCCCAAGAAGUCCAUCACCAACAGCACACUGACUUCCACAGGCAGCAGUGAAGCCCCGGUCUUGUUUGACGGGCUGCCGCUAGAGGAGGAGGUGGCACUGGAGGGCGCCCUGGAGAAGGAGCUGGCCAUGGACAGCAUCAUCGGGGAGAAGAUGGAGAUGAUUGCACCUGUCAACUCUCCUUCCCUAGACUUCAAUGAUAAUGAGGACAUCCCCACCGAGCUCAGUGACUCCUCUGACACCCAUGAUGAAGGGGAAGUCCAGGCCUUCUAUGAGGACCUGAGUGGCCGGCAGUAUGUGAACGAAGUCUUCAACUUCAGUGUGGACAAGCUCUAUGACCUUCUGUUCACUGACUCACCCUUCCAGCGUGACUUCAUGGAGCAGCGACGCUUCUCUGAUAUCAUCUUCCACCCUUGGAAGAAGGAGGAGAAUGGGAACCAGAGCCGAGUAAUUCUUUACACCAUCACCCUCACCAACCCCCUGGCUCCCAAAACUGCCACAGUCAGGGAGACACAGACCAUGUACAAGGCCAGCCAGGAGAGCGAGUGUUACGUGAUUGACGCCGAGGUCCUUACCCACGACGUGCCAUACCACGACUACUUCUACACCAUCAACCGCUACACGCUUACCCGGGUGGCUCGCAACAAGAGUCGGCUCAGGGUUUCCACAGAGCUGCGCUAUCGAAAGCAGCCUUGGGGGCUGGUGAAGAGUUUCAUCGAAAAGAACUUCUGGAGUGGGCUGGAGGACUACUUCCGCCACCUGGAGAGUGAGCUGACCAAAACAGAGAACGCCUACCUGGCCGAGAUGCACAGACAGUCCCCCAAAGAGAAGACCAGCAAGCCGCCCACGGUACGCAGGAGGAAGAGGCCCCACACCCACCUGCGGGUUCCUCACCUGGAAGAAGUGAUGAGCCCAGUCACCACACCCACAGAUGAAGACGUGGGUCACCGAAUCAAGCACGUGGCAGGUUCCACACAGACACGGCAUAUCCCCGAGGACACCCCCAGUGGUUUCCACCUGCAGAGCGUGUCCAAGCUGCUGCUGAUUAUCAGCUGUGUUCUGGUGCUGCUGGUCAUCCUCAAUAUGAUGCUCUUCUACAAACUCUGGAUGUUGGAAUACACCACCCAGACUCUCACCGCCUGGCAGGGUCUGCGGCUCCAAGAAAGGUUACCCCAAUCUCAAACAGAAUGGGCCCAGCUCUUAGAGUCCCAGCAAAAGUAUCAUGAUACUGAACUCCAGAAAUGGAGGGAGAUCAUCAAGUCUUCAGUGAUGCUUCUUGACCAGAUGAAGGACUCACUCGUCAAUUUGCAGAACGGCAUCAGGUCCCGGGACUACACAUCUGACAGCGAGGAGAAGCGGAGUCGCUACCACUGACAAAGCAGGAGCGGGGGCGGCUGCCAAAGGCCUGUGCAAUACAUGUACAUAGACCAUAUAAAUAGAUCUAUAAAUAUAUAUAUACAGAAUAUAAAUAUAUAUAUAUAUAUAUUCUAUACAGAUUUUAAACAGAGAUAAUGCCUAUGUACCAGGGAGAAGGAGCGGGACUGCCUCCCGCACUGGCCAGUGGAGGGAGGGCCGAGGAGGGCAGGGUCCACCUCUCCUCCCUCCCCUGACCCCAUCCCCAUCCUCGGUCCCACCCUUUCCCUUGCUGGCCAUUCCUGGCUCUGAGAAGAGAAACAUCAUUGAGCCAAAGUUAUGCCUGUGAAGACCCUGGGUCUUGAAAAGAAGUCUCAAGGGGGCAUUGCUUCCGGUGCUUUAUUCCCCCAUCCCACCCCCCACCCCUCACCCCCACUUCUGAUCUGUUUCUCAAAUAAAUGAGAGUCUUUUUUUCCUGAGCCCACGCUUCCCCAGGUGUUCUCUCGCAAGUGAGGAAGCGAGGGAGCAUCAAGAGCAGGGACUCAGUCUGCGCUCUACCAGAUGAGGCCACUCCCUUUCUAGGGACCACACUCCAGGGCCAGGUGGAGGGGACGGCGGGGAAGCCAGGAAGGCCGCAUUUGGGGGCUGGGGCUUCGUGGUGCAGAUGCCUGAGGUCUGUGUGCACCUUCCUCUGGCCUCUGCAACAUCUCCACCCAAUAAGGGCUGGGAACUUCCUGCUUCCUCCCCCUCUGGUCUUCUCCCAGACUGGAUCUGGGUGAAGAGUCACUUUGUAGUGCCUAAAGUCCUAUUUUUCCUCUGUGCCCUAAGAGUUUAUUAGUAAAUAGCCAGGGUAGAGCCCUUUUUGAGCUUCUUAAACCCCAUUUUGUCAUUGGAAACCUGUAAGCUCUGGCAGGUUCAGUUCCUUUGCAUAUGGAGCUGUCAGUGUGAUCUCUGGGAUUGACCAGGGUAUGAGAUGGUGAGGCCCUGCAGUGUGUGGCUCACAGAGUCUGACCACAGUGUUGGGCAAGCUGGGAGCACAUGCUCCAAGCCCUUCUUCUGUAUCUGCCAGCCCGUGCGCUCUGAGUGAGCCCAGCAGUAGUCAAGAGAGCCUGAGACAUUUUGCAUAUGGCAGAAGUCCAAAGCCCUUGGAGGGAAUGCACUAGGAGAGGUUCAGGUGCUUGGGCAGGAAAAGGCCAGGUGGAGUGUCUGCUCCAUGGGGACUGUCCUGCAGCCUCAGUUCCUCAGAUGUGGGAGUGGGAGCUCAGGCAGAGAAAGCCAAGCCUUCUCUAGUUUCUGACUUCAGAGAGGUAUGAGCUAACUGAGGAGCAGAAAGAGGAGCAGAGGCUUGGAAAGUAAGUUGUGAGGGUUGACUCUUUAGGACUCAUGCAUCCCUCUUACUUCCUGGUCCCCUCUGGGCAUAUUCACCACUCCUCAUGCACCAACUCCAGUUCUCUUUGUAAUGGCCAAAUGGUUCCUGCCAGAAUGCUCUAGAGCUCAGGAGGGUCUCAAUCAGGAAUGCCAGUUUGACAGAGAACUCUUUCAGAUGGCUUAUUAUUCUGGUGGGCCUCUUGGUACAAGGGGCAGAAGGAAAGGCAUGAUAACUGCUCUACCCUGACAAAAAGAGAAAAUUGUAUUCUCCUGGAAUGGUCUCUGCAUCCCACUUUGACAAUUAAAUGCCUUUAGUAUUUCAUUCUAUCUGAGAAGAUAGGCUUGUCCUCACCAUUAAGGGAAAGAGGAGUUGACCAAAAGCUACUGCUCUCGUCACCUGCAGGAGUCAGAGAAGGAAACCCCACAGGCUCAGCUAGAACUGCUGCCCUUCCCUUGGGAAAGGCCAUAUGAGGGCGGAGACACACCAGGCACUUGUGCCCCCAGCAAGGGGGUCACUGCCACCCUUGUCCAGGACUGUGCAAGGGGAGCCUGGGAGAAGGUCAGACUCACAGGCCUCGAGCCAAAUGUAGAAAGAGUGCAAACCACUAGAGAUGUUCCUGUUGGAGUAGCCAGCCAGAAGCGUUCCCAGACACUUUGGAAAGUGAAAAUGGCAAAAUUUUCUUGAAUGACUCCACGGACAUUUAUUGAUUUAAAUCAUCCAGUUAUUCAAGGUUCUGUGGUGCAGCCAUGGGGUGGGGGUGAAUUAGAGGAGGUUAGCUUGUUCUGCUUUGCUGGCUGUGGGCAGACCUGGUAACACAGAGCUGCUCUGCGUCUGCUUGCCCUCUUCAAGGGAGGAGGCAGUACUCAGUGUGUCCAGAUACCCUCAUGACUUCUGAUGACAAUGGGACAGUCCCAUCCUGGCCUGCUUAGUAUUUAAACAUUCAGAUCUCUAGUGGAUGCUCUUGAUUCUCAUCAUUGCCCGGCUUUUAAACCAGGAGGUCAACAACAGGACUCACUCCUAAUUAAAAGUUGUUCCCCUGAUUGAAUAACAAGUGGAAGAGAUGGACACUCACUCCACAGAUCAGCCUGGGCUGGUGCUGUCUGCAAGGAAGCUGCAAGACCACCACCCCUCACUUUAGUUCUUCCAAACACGGCUUUUCUGCAUUUCAUUUAUAAAAGAACUUGAGUCCUUCUGUGAGGAUUCAUUUGAUCAAAGGCCCAGAGCUUGCAUUUAAUUUCAGAGAAUUUGCAAAGUUUCAGACCAGGUAAAAAACGGCUAACAGGGUCAAAAUAUCUGCUUCAGCUAGAGAGAUUAACAAAACUGGUGUUGACGAAUCCAGUCAUGUCUACAAUUUUUCCCAUACCACUGCCUUCCCUUGCAAGGGGUAGUAUCCUCAGCCAGCAGUGUCAACAGCUUGGCGCAAUCUGGGAAGAGAUGACAGUGAGUGGCAGAGACCUGGCUGAGCUCUAGCUUUGCUGGUGGGCCAGUCACCUCCCCUUUCCCAGUGUCAGCCUCUUCAGCUGUAACCACAGGGCCCAUCAUUGGUGCUGUUUGGGGGGCUUGGCCAGAGACCUGUAAGGUUGGUCUUUCUCAGAUGUAGCAGCUGCCUUGGCGGGGGAUCUUGGGAUAGAGCUGCCCUGGUGUUCAGAUGAUGGGGCAUUGUCUGGGUUUCUAGGGAUUGCAGGGUAAUUCAUUUCUACCUUACAGGGUACUGAGGGCUAGGGAGGCCUCAGGAGAGAGAGGGCAGCCAGGCAUGUUGUGUGCUGCAGUACUGACAGAGGAGCACGUUUCUUCCUGGUUAGAAGGCAUUGGCCUAGUUUUGGUUUGGGAAGGGAACUUGCUUUUGCUUCCUCUAAAUUAGGAGAAGGAGAGUAAUGGGCAAAAAGGACACCAUCUUGGGAUGAACCCAUCUUUGUCCUUGACUCUGAAACCUCUGUGUAUCUAUCCUUCCUCCCACUAGAGAAAACAAUGGAGCUUCUCUUUUUGCUCAUCCAGCCCCUGUCAGUCAUUGGAUUAAGUGUGAAGCAUUGGUGGACAUCCAUAUGCUUGACUCACAGCUGGCACUAAGACCCUGGGGCUGCAAGGAGAGAAUGAAGGAAUGCUCAGGGAACUGGGUUCUCUCCCUGUCUCUGCCCCAUGCCAAGCUUGGUCCCUGGACGGUACCAUCACAAGCAGCAUCUCUAGGUGGAGUCUUAGGGGAAGGACGAGGGGAAGACUCCUCCUAGACUGCCUGUGCUUUCAGAAGGCUCCUCUCCAUGCCACUUGGCUUCUCCAGCUUUGCAGGGCAGUCAGCACCCACCCUUCUCCCCUGGGAAGCCCAGGAGAAAUGCACCCGCCUUUCCCCAGGUGGCAGGGUUGUGAUUCCACCUUCCCACUACAGUGGGAAACUUGAGGACUUCUCUUCCUGACUCUCUCUCCUCCACCCCUGGUCUCUAGGCUGUGGGACAAUCACCCUGUUCACCACUCGACAUCCUCCACCCUUCUCCCCAAACCUCCAGCAGGCUGGCCCCUCUCCCUUCCACCUCUCUAUUUUCUUCCAGAAGAUACAUUUUGGGUCAGAAUGGAGCGUUUUUCUGGAAACGUCUUUCGAUGCCCCGCCUUCCUGCCAAGGAGCGGGAAUUUGCACACGGAGUAGAGAGCCCCCUUCCUGCCUCUCUGCCCCGCCUGGUUACCUCACUCCUGCCCUGGCUCCCCAUGGGAGUAUGCUGUGUGACAGCUCAGGGGUCUUGGGCAUUGUUUUCUGUGGUGACUGGAGGUCCUCAGCAGGCCUGGGAGCCCAGACUGGAGCCCUGGCUACUGGUGAGAAACACUUUGCCUGCAGAGAGGAGCGACGCCAUUCAGCUCCCCAGCACUUGGAGGCAGACAGGACAUUGUGGUCUCAGCUCGUGCCUCCCUUGCUUCUCUCAGCAUGAGGAGAUGUCGCAGGAACCAAAAACAGUGGCCUCUGCUCCAGGCAGACAGCUGGCUCUGUCUGGGAAGUCGGUUCAGGCUGAGAUCGCAUCGUCCAAGCAGCCACUUUGCCAACAGUUGUGUGCAGCUCCCACGUCUGCCCACCUGCACUCUGGGGCCAGACUGAUCUGCAUGGACCAGACCAUCUUCCCAAACCCAUGGUGCUUUCCUCCCCACUCGACCCAGACUCUGGCGGGGAGAGAGGGGGGAGGCUGAGAGAGCAGCCUGCACUGGGCCAUCAGAGUAGGCCCACAGGGGUGGCAGUCACAUUGUCUGGCCAUCUAUAUCUGGAUCUAAACUGUACUCUGCCUGGCGCUGGGCGCAAGGUCUGGAAAUCUAAUGCUAGUACCCAGAAGUGUACAAGGCUUUCCAGCCAAAUCUCAGUGUACAGUAGCAAGAGCCGUGGAAAUACAGUAUGAAUUAAAAGACAAAGUAUUGAACUAAA